AUGGCGGGACAACCCACAAUAAGCAGGUUUUUCAAGAAGGCGGUAAAAUCAGAGCUGACGCAUAAGCAAGAACAAGAAGUUGCGGUUGGAAAUGGCGCUGGUAGCGAAUCCAUCUGCCUUGACACUGAUGAAGAGGACAAUUUAUCUUCUGUUGCAAGCACAACAGUAACUAAUGAUAGCUUUCCACUCAAAGGCAGUGUUUCUUCCAAGAAUUCGAAAAAUUCAGAAAAGACUAGUGGUACUUCGACAACAUUUAAUGAUAUUGACUUUGCUAAGAAAUUGGAUAGGAUUAUGAAAAGACGAAGUGAUGAAAAUGUUGAGGCUGAAGAUGAUGAGGAAGAGGGUGAGGAAGAUUUCGUAAAAAAAAAAGCCAGAAAGUCCCCUACAGCGAAACUUACUCCCUUGGACAAACAGGUGAAGGACCUGAAAAUGCAUCAUAGAGAUAAAGUGCUUGUUAUUAGAGUAGGCUACAAGUACAAAUGUUUUGCAGAGGAUGCAGUAACGGUUAGCAGAAUACUUCACAUCAAACUUGUGCCUGGAAAAUUGACUAUCGAUGAGUCUAAUCCUCAAGAUUGCAAUCAUAGGCAGUUUGCGUACUGUUCUUUCCCGGAUGUCAGAUUAAACGUUCACCUAGAGAGACUUGUGCAUCAUAAUUUAAAGGUUGCCGUGGUAGAGCAAGCAGAAACAAGCGCUAUUAAGAAGCAUGAUCCAGGUGCCAGCAAAUCAAGCGUUUUUGAAAGAAAGAUUUCAAAUGUCUUUACCAAAGCUACAUUUGGUGUUAAUUCCACCUUUGUCCUUAGGGGGAAACGUAUUCUCGGUGAUACAAACAGUAUAUGGGCUUUGUCCCGUGACGUACAUCAGGGAAAGGUGGCUAAAUAUUCCUUAAUUUCUGUCAAUUUAAAUAACGGGGAAGUCGUGUAUGAUGAAUUUGAAGAGCCUAAUCUUGCUGAUGAGAAACUACAGAUACGAAUCAAAUAUUUACAGCCCAUAGAAGUACUGGUAAAUACAGAUGAUCUUCCAUUACAUGUAGCGAAAUUUUUCAAAGAUAUUUCAUGUCCUUUAAUACACAAGCAGGAGUAUGAUUUGGAAGAUCAUGUAGUUCAGGCAAUAAAAGUAAUGAAUGAGAAAAUUCAACUCUCGCCGUCUCUCAUACGCUUAGUUUCUAAGUUAUAUUCGCAUAUGGUUGAGUACAAUAAUGAGCAGGUGAUGUUGAUUCCUUCUAUCUAUUCGCCCUUCGCAUCAAAAAUACAUAUGUUACUUGAUCCUAACUCCCUGCAAAGUUUGGACAUUUUUACCCAUGAUGGUGGUAAAGGUUCUUUGUUUUGGUUAUUGGACCAUACAAGGACAUCGUUUGGAUUAAGAAUGUUGAGAGAAUGGAUUCUCAAACCUUUGGUUGAUGUACACCAAAUUGAAGAGCGGCUUGAUGCCAUUGAGUGCAUUACAUCCGAAAUCAACAACAGUAUAUUUUUUGAAUCGUUGAAUCAAAUGUUGAAUCAUACCCCUGACUUAUUAAGAACUUUAAAUCGCAUAAUGUAUGGUACAACUUCUAGAAAAGAAGUCUAUUUCUAUUUAAAGCAAAUAACUUCUUUCGUUGAUCACUUCAAGAUGCAUCAAUCUUACCUGUCAGAACAUUUCAAGUCAUCAGAUGGAAGGAUAGGCAAACAAUCUCCUUUACUUUUUAGACUAUUUAGUGAAUUGAAUGAACUACUUUCUACCACUCAGUUGCCUCAUUUUUUGACCAUGAUCAACGUUUCUGCGGUAAUGGAAAAAAAUUCAGAUAAGCAAGUAAUGGAUUUUUUUAAUUUAAAUAACUAUGAUUGUUCAGAGGGUAUAAUAAAAAUUCAAAGGGAAAGCGAAUCAGUACGGUCACAGUUAAAGGAAGAAUUGGCAGAAAUACGAAAAUAUCUCAAACGUCCAUAUCUAAAUUUUAGAGAUGAAGUUGAUUACUUAAUCGAAGUGAAAAACUCGCAAAUUAAGGACUUGCCAGAUGAUUGGAUAAAAGUUAACAAUACGAAGAUGGUCAGUAGAUUUACCACUCCCAGAACCCAGAAACUGACUCAAAAGCUAGAAUAUUACAAGGACUUAUUAAUUCGGGAAUCUGAACUACAGUAUAAAGAAUUCUUGAACAAAAUUACGGCAGAAUAUACAGAGCUCCGUAAAAUUACACUCAAUUUGGCGCAGUAUGACUGUAUUUUGUCGUUAGCAGCCACAUCAUGCAACGUAAAUUAUGUUAGACCAACUUUUGUGAAUGGUCAACAAGCCAUAAUCGCAAAAAAUGCAAGAAAUCCAAUUAUCGAGUCGCUGGAUGUUCAUUAUGUACCAAAUGAUAUCAUGAUGUCCCCAGAAAACGGUAAAAUCAAUAUUAUAACGGGGCCGAAUAUGGGUGGGAAAUCAUCUUAUAUUAGACAAGUGGCACUGCUUACUAUAAUGGCACAGAUCGGCUCAUUUGUCCCCGCAGAAGAGAUCAGAUUAAGCAUAUUUGAAAACGUACUCACUCGAAUCGGUGCGCACGAUGAUAUUAUAAACGGUGAUUCUACUUUUAAAGUGGAAAUGCUUGAUAUCCUACACAUCUUGAAAAAUUGCAAUAAACGGUCUUUACUAUUAUUAGACGAAGUGGGAAGAGGUACUGGCACGCACGAUGGUAUAGCAAUUUCUUAUGCUUUAAUAAAGUAUUUUUCUGAGUUAAGUGACUGCCCCUUGAUAUUAUUUACUACCCAUUUUCCCAUGCUGGGAGAAAUCAAAUCUCCGUUAAUAAGGAAUUAUCAUAUGGAUUACGUGGAAGAACAAAAAACUGGCGAGGACUGGAUGAGUGUAAUUUUUCUAUAUAAGUUAAAAAAGGGAUUGACUUAUAAUAGUUAUGGGAUGAAUGUGGCGAAAUUGGCACGCCUGGACAAAGAUAUUAUAAAUCGGGCAUUCAGUAUUUCAGAAGAAUUGCGGAAGGAAUCCAUUAACGAAGACGCGUUGAAAUUAUUCAGCUCUUUGAAAAGAAUAUUAAAAAGUGAUAAUAUAACAGCAACGGAUAAACUCGCGAAAUUACUAUCAUUGGAUAUCCACUGA